UUGAUAGCGUUUAUUAAAAAACGCUAUCAUUAAUAUCAAAUACGCCUAAUUGAUAGGGUUUAUAAUUAAACGUUGUCAUUAUUAACAAAUAAUAACGCUUGAAUGUUUGUUUGUUAAUUAAGUGCUGCCAAAACAUCCCAAAUUCUUUAUUAAAUAAAAAAGAAGAACAAUAUGGUUUUCCCACCUACCCAGAAAUACUGCAGUUGUUCAUCGACUAAAAUUUUCAUUUGCAAUCCCAAUUCUACCAAAUCCCAAAUUUUAACAAUCCAAACAUUUUCGAGCGAGUUCCCUCAAUUCGAAAUUUUUUCAAGUUCUUUUCAAUGCGAAAUUUGUUGAGGUCAGUUAUGAUUUGGCUUCUUCUCCGAUAAACCCUUUAUCGACGGUUGUGAUGAAUCUCCCUGGCCUACUUCUUCUUCUUAAUUUGUGAUGAAAUAUGCGGUGUAUUAUCGAUUUUUUACUGUUAAUCAAAGCUCGAGGCGUUGGUUUCACUCUAACAGUCGCAAGCACAAUUACUUUUGCUGAGCUGUCUUGGACUCCUGGUGACUUGAUACAUGCCGAUGAUCGUGCUCAUAUAAUUUUUCAGGGACGUUGUUCAACACAAAUUAGAAAAUCUGGGACAGAAGAAAUUUGGGAGGUCGCUGACGUAAUUGACUCAGAAAAUAUGGUGAUAUUGAGUAAGACUGGAAUUCAGAAAUUGAUGAAGUUGGAGGACAGAAGAGUGCCAAGGAUUUUUAUCUUCUAUUCACCGUGGUGUCAGUUCUGCCAGACAAUGAAAAGUUCAUACCUAGAGCUGGAUGAUAAAUAAGGACUGCAAGUGGUCGGGGAAGAUUCCAAAGAUAGAAUUUAUGGACUAGAACCCAAAAACUUCAUAACUGUUGCAACUCCACAUCUGGGUUCACGAGGUCACUAACAGGCGAGUACCUCAUCUAGACUUGCAUGAGUGUUUUUCCUCAACUCGAACUGUUAUUUCUCAUAUGAAUUUCUCUAUUUUAGAGCCAUUUAGAUUGUUAAUUUGUGCCUGGUACUUGUCACAAACAAGCUGGAUAUUUGUCGUGCCUCUAAACAAAUUGUUUUUCAAUUUUUAGCUCCGACAAUGCGGACUCAAAGAUCGCCAAACUUUAAUUAUGAUUAUCCCUCUCCUGACACUGAGUCUUUUAGUAUAUAAAUGUCUAGAGAGUCGAUUUUACAAUAUUAUCAUUGGAUUAGACCAUUAGCUCUACAUCUUUUCUCAGUCAAACUAGGUAAACAUUAAGCUUGUUUUAUUGGCUUCUUUAUUGGGUGUUCUGUGCCCAGAGCUAAGCAUCAUAAACCAACUCCUCCUUUUUUUCAUUUUUGAUUUAUAAAACAAUAUAUUCAGAUUUAACAUUCCAUUGUCCUAGAGGGCAAUGGAUGUUAGAAGGUCUUUAGAGUUCUUACACUGAUUCCUAUGCGUACCUCGAAUUCUGCUCAUGAUGUUUGCAAUGAGGGCAAAGCUUUGCUUCAGAAGUUUAUAGUUAUACAGAAGCAGCUGCAUGAGCAGAAGCUUAAUGUUGUUGAAUGUCAAUAUCUGAUCGAUCUAGGUACUUAUCAAUAUAUACAAGUAAUACAACCCUAAUAUGCUAGCUGUAGGCUACAAAUCAGGGAGAUAAUAUCACAAGAUUAUCUACUUGCUAAUUAUAAAUAUAUACAAAACGAUUAUUAACAUAAUCUAUCAGUCUGUAUGGGCUUUUUAAAUUCUCCAAAAUGCUAUUAUACUCAUACCAUGCAAUACCCAUGAGGUUUGGUGCAGCCAUGCAGGCAUUCGAAGGAAAUUCUACUAACUUUGCUUAUUAUUUUUUUUCUUCCAAAAUGGACCUUUAAUUGCGUCCCUAUGUGUUUUCUUUCUCCUUUAAUUGAGAUUUUAGAAAUUAUCAUUAUUUAGCUAAUGUGGUGUUGCCUUUCUUUGUGUGUUGCUAGGGAAAAACAGGUGUUCUUUUCUCUCUAAUACUACUCAAUUUUUCUGUGGUGCCAUCUAGUCAUCUAGCAAACCUGUGAAUUUCCGCAUCCAGGAGAAAAUGAAUUAUUUCUCUACACAUAUACACGCAUGUAUAUUGUUAACUGCCAUGUUUUAAUAGUGCCAAAGUCUCCUUUUAAUAUUGUUCUCAUGAAAUGAUCAUUUCAUAUUAUCCAAUAUCUUCUUGAUAUUUCAUCAUGCAGUGCUAUUCAACUCUGAUAUAAGGGAUCUCUUUGCUCAAAUUUGUGACCUUCAUUGCUUAAUUUGAGUGAGAAUUUUGUACUUAAUAGGAAAAUCAUGUCCUAUAACAUGAUCUACGAGUUGUUUGAUGGUUGUGGUUCUGCAAGAAGGGAAGAAAUUUGUUGUGGCCUCAACUGAUUUGGUUGUUGCUGGAAGCGUUGUACAUUGUAUUGGAGUUUAUCUGUAAAGUAGUUGGCACAUUGGUUCUGUUUGUGAAGUUUCAUCGGAAAAUCUCCAGAUUGGCAGAGCUGAUUAUUUCACUGGCACUGAAAAUUGAAGAGGAUCAAAAUUUCGGUUUUGAGUACAUCAAGAAUACAUUGAUAUGAUAGAAAUGAAGUUGGAUCUUAUUCAAUUUGUUUCUUAUAUAUUUUUUUUUGUGGGGAGCAAGACAUAUAUUCAACUCUUACAUUAUCCUA